AUGGCAAACUUCCGGAGAGCCAUGGCUUUUGCGCCAGUGCUUGCACAGUACGCUCUCGCCCAAGGUGGUUAUGGUGCUAGCAGCGCUGGCAUUCCUGGUGCUUCUUCAUACGUCGCUCCCGCCGGCUUCCCAACAUCAGCCUUCUCCUCAUACUACCCUGUACCAUCUGGUCAAGAGCCGCAGCCAGCGCUCUAUGAUCCAGUCCUGAACAUCACCUAUCCGCUCAAUCUCACCAACCCCGACACUCUCCCAGACAACGACGAUGACCCUAUCUACCUUCCUGCCCCGAUAGCCAACCUGACAGCUGCUCAGCAACAGACAGUGAUCAACAACGUUUUGCAGGAGGUCGGCGAAAUCAUCAAUGGCUCUUAUAUCACCGGCAACUGCAGCAAGUGCAUUGCUGCUCUCACGGUAGCCAAGAGCGCUGCUCAAUUGGCUCCCAGCCUUGUUCCAGCAGCACUGGUCCAGCUCUGCACGAGCACCGGCUUCCAUUCCAAGAGCACCUGUGAGGAAGAUUUCGAGGCUACGACUUUCGGCGCAAUCUGGACUCAAGUCCUUGCUUUGGCGGAUGUCAGCGGCCUUGACGGCCAGUACAUUUGCAACUCGCUAAGCUCAGCUUUCUGCCCAGCCCCGACUGUCAGCCCACUCAACACCACCAGCUACUUCCCCAAGCCCAAGCCGGCCAAUGCUUGCGCACCAAAGGCUUCUGGCCAGCGUGUAAAGGUUCUACACAUGUCUGACUUCCAUCUUGACCCUCGCUACAAGGUUGGCUCAGAAGGUAAUUGCACUUCUGGAUUAUGCUGUCGCAGCAAUGUUGCAAACACUGCCCUCCCGACCGGUUCGGUUUCGUACCCAGCCCCACUUUACGGUGCAUACGAGUGUGAUACUCCCUAUGAUCUUGGAUUGGCCGCGCUUCAGGCCGUGGGACCAUUGACUGGCACCUCCCAGUCUCAGCCAUUGGCAUGGACAAUUUAUACCGGAGAUCUUGUCUCCCAUGACCCUCAGACCGAGCUGAGCCGUCUCUACACCGAGUACGCCGAGGAUAGCAUCUAUGGCAUGUUCAAGCAGUACUUGACUGGGCCCGUAUUCCCUGUCCUUGGCAACCACGACUCCAACCCUGAGGCCAUCGAUGCACCACACUCUCUGCCCGGUCCUCUCGGUCAGCAAUUCAGCUGGAACUACGAUCAUGUAGCUGGUCUUUGGCAGCAUGAGGGAUGGUUGAACGCUACGGCCGCACAGCAGGCGAGACUUCCCUACGGUGCUUACUCCGUCAAGAACCACUAUGGACUGAGGAUGAUUACUUUCAAUAGUGACUUCUGGUACCACUCCAACUUCCUCAAUUUCAUUAACACCUCCAAUCCAGACGUCAGCGGCACGUUCAAAUUCGUCAUUCAAGAACUUCAAGCAGCUGAAGACGCAGGCGAGCGCGUUUGGCUCUUCGCUCACGUCCUCAGUGGCUGGGACGGCACCAACCCUCUCGUCAACCCAACGAACCUCUUCUACCAGAUCGUAGAACGCUACAGUCCCCAUGUCAUUGCUAAUAUCUUCUUCGGCCACACGCACGAGGAUGAGGUCAUGAUAUACUACGCUCACAAUGGCACCAAUCAGUCUCUCUCCACUGCUCUGAACACGGGCUGGGUCGGUCCUUCAGUCACACCCCUCACCAACUUGAACUCUGGGUUCCGAAUGUAUGAGGUCGACACAGGAACCUUUGACAUCUACGAAGCCUACACCUUCUACGCAGACGUCAACUCAUUCCCUGCCUUGGCCAAUAGCUCCCACGGCCCAACAUUCAAGUUCGAGUACAGCACUCGUGAGGCUUAUGGUGCCGCUGCCAAAUGGCCUGCAGACGCUCCCUUGAACGGGACAUUCUGGCACGCAGUCACGCAGGGCAUGGAGGCCAACCACAGUCUAGUCAACACCUUCAAUACGUAUGAAGGCAAGUCGAGCAUUACGAGCCAGAACUGUACUUGUGAUGGUUGUGUGACGGCCAAGAUUUGUUACAUGCGGAGUGGAAGUGCUGCGCUUGGGCUGGCCUGCCCAAGGGGAUUCAGCUCUGUUCAGAGCAAGUUCACUGGGAAGUGCUAG